CCCUUCCCUUCAUUUCCCCUCUCUUCUUACUUUCUCUCUCUUCAACAGACACACUAACACACAGUGCCUUUCUUCAUCGUUUUUAAACACAUGCUCAAAGACGACUCCUGUCAAGGAAAACCCUCAAACACCCGACAAUCCACAUCUUCCUUAAUUCCCACUCAAAACUAGCACAAAUUUAAAUCAUAAAGCAAUUCUUUUUCAACUUAGAUAAAGCCUACACACACACACACACAAAAUUGAAACAAGGAGAAAAAAAAGCUAAAGUCUUUACAGCCUUUCCACGAGUUAUUGAAAUCGGCUUCCAAAAAGAUUCAACAGUGAAGUGGGGUUUGUUUGAGAGAGAGAGAGAGAGAUAUAGGUUGCGUUAUAGAGAGAGAGAGAGAGAAAUGUUGGACUAUGGAUGGGGCAACCCAUCAUCGAUCAUGCUCUCUGGCGACGAAACCGGUCAAGAUUCCGAACCGAACCGCCCGGUUUUCGACCCUUACUCCUCCCAAAGCUUCUCCGACGCCGCCAGCUUCGCCAACCCGGACAACCACUUCGCCGCCGCGGCGGCGCACCACCACCACCUCCCCUUCCACACGCCCCAAACCCCGAGCUCCAACGCCCACUUCACGAGCUUCUACGGCGGCGGCGCCGCCCCAUACCCGAACCCGGCCUCAAUGCUGACGCUGGAGCCGGCCGCCGCGUACUCGGUGGUCCCGAAGAGCGAGCCGAUGGUCGGCGGCUUCGAGUUCAACGCCGAGUACAACAGCCGAAUCGGCCUCAACCUCGGCGGCCGCACCUACUUCGCCUCCUCCGAGGACGACUUCGUCAACCGGCUCUACCGCCGGUCCAGGAUCCUGGAGCCCGGUUCGGUCAACUCGCCGCGCUGCCAGGCCGAAGGGUGCAACGCCGACUUGACCCACGCGAAGCACUACCACCGCCGCCACAAGGUCUGCGAGUUCCACUCCAAGGCCGCCACCGUCAUCGCCGCCGGCUUGACCCAGCGCUUCUGCCAGCAAUGCAGCAGAUUCCACCUGCUGUCGGAAUUCGACAACGGCAAGAGAAGUUGCCGCAAGAGGCUCGCCGACCACAACCGCCGCCGCCGGAAAUCGCAGCAAACCAAUCAGGAUAAAUCCCACGCUGAAAUCACCGCCGCCUCCGAAAACCUAGCAAGGUCGCCGCCGGAUUCCGGGCCCCACUCGUCAUCCGUGACGGUGGCGAUCUCGCCGCCGAGAAUCUCGCUGGAUUGCUUCCGCCACCGGUCGUACACGGGCGGCGGCGGCACGACCUCGUCGACGGCGUCGACGAACUCCUCCCUCUUCUACUCCAAUAACGGGUAAAACAACUUAGGCAUUACUACAAAGCUCAUCAAGUGCGGGAAAUCGGUAGCUAUUAGUAAUAACAUAGUUGAGAUCGAUCGAGUUUGGAUUUCCUCAUCGCUUGUUAACCCUUAUUAUCUAAAAUUCCAAACUUUAAUUUGUUUUUUUUUUUUUUAUUUAAUUUUAAUUUUAUGAUGAUUAUGAUUAUGAUCACGUACUAUGUUUUGGUACGUGUAAGCCAUAUAUGAACAAUGUACCUUCAUGUUCCAGGGGAUUGAAUUCCCACUUUGCAUGCCUAA